CUGGUCCUGCUCUGGUUCUGCCGGGCGUCACCGCGCACGGCAGCAGCGGGCCGCCGUGCGCGUCAGCAGCAGCCGCGGCCGCCGAGGAAGAACGACGCGGAUACGUCACGUCGGGAAGCGAACCAGCAGCCGCAGCACUGAGCACGGUAGCAUGAGCUAGCUGCUGCACGGUACCCGGGCACCCGUCUGAUCUCUCCCCGCACACCCGGACUAGUGCACCUGCAGCAGCGCAGCAUAGCGGGGGCGAGCCCGGCGGUCGGUUGGUUGGGAGAGCAACUACAGCUACAGCUACAGCGACAGCUAGGGCUGCUAGCAGCAGCUGCUAACGGCCAUGGAGGAGCUGGUGGUGGAGGUGCGGGGCGGCAGCGGGGCUUUCUACAAGGCAUUUGUGAAGGAUGUUCAUGAGGGUUCAGUCACUGUUGCAUUUGAAAACAACUGGCAGCCAGAUCGGCAGAUCCCCUUCCAGGACGUGCGUUUCCCUCCUCCAACAGGCUUCUCCAAGGAGAUCAAUGAAAGUGAUGAGGUCGAGGUUUACUCCAGGGCCAAUGAGAAGGAGCCGUGUGGAUGGUGGAUGGCGAAGGUUCGCAUGGUCAAAGGAGAAUUUUAUGUAAUAGAGUAUGCAGCAUGUGACGCAACGUUAAACGAGAUCGUGACACUGGAACGGUUACGGCCCAUCAACCCGAGUAAACCAGCCACCAAACACACCUUCAUUAAGAUCAGACUGGAUGUUCCUGAUGAUCUACGGCAGAUGUGCUCCAAGGAGUCGGCCCACAAAGACUUUAAAAAAGCCAUCGGAGCGUUCAGUGUCACCUACGACUCGGAGAAAAAGCAGCUCAUCAUCCUGUCAGUGAAUGAGGUCACGACGAAGCGGGCCAGUAUGAUGAGUGACAUGCACUUCAGGAGCCUUCGCACCAAACUGUCACUCAUCCUGCGAAACGAAGAGGCCAGCAGACAGCUGGAGAGUUCCAGACAACUGGCAUCACGGUUUCACGAGCAGUUUGCGGUCCGGGACGACUUGAUGGGUCUGGCCAUCGGAACUCACGGCGCCAACAUUCAGCAAGCACGUAAAGUUCCCGGUGUCACUAACAUCGAUCUGGAUGAGGAGACGUGCACCUUCCACAUAUACGGGGAGGAUCAGGAUGCUGUCCGUUUAGCCAGGAGUUUCUUGGAGUUUUCUGAAGAUGUCAUCAAAGUUCCCAGGAACUUAGUCGGGAAGGUGAUUGGCAAGAGUGGGAAACUGAUCCAGGAGGUGGUUGAUAAAUCUGGCGUUGUGAGGGUCCGGAUCGAGCCUGAGAACGACAAAAAGAACUCAGCUUCAGCUGCAGCUGCAGCGGCGGCGGCGGCAGCGGCAUCAUCGACAACAGACGAGGGAAUGGUGCCAUUUGUCUUUGUGGGGACUAAAGAAAGCAUCUCCAAUGCAACCGUACUGCUGGACUAUCACCUCAACUACCUUAAGGAGGUGGAUCAGUUACGUCUGGAGCGUCUCCAAAUAGACGAGCAGCUGAGACAGAUAGGAGGCGGAGGCGGAGGAGGAGGCGGUGCAGGACCCCGAAACCCUAAAGAUAAAACCUACGUGUUCGAUAACGGCAUGGGUGUGGGGAUGGGCAGAGGAGCUGGAGGAGGAGGAGGGAAGCCCUACGCAGGAGGACGAGGGGGACGAGGGCGGAGAGGAGGAGGGGCAUCCUUCCCCUCAGGAACCAACUCGGAAGCGUCCAACGCCUCAGAGACGGAGUCGGACCACAAAGACGAGCUCAGCGAUUGGUCGCUGGCCCCCACCGAGGAGCUGAUGGCCGGAGGAGGGACCAUGCCCAGACGGACAGACGGCAGGAAAAGACCAGGGGGUGCAGGGACGAGGGGACGAGGAGGAGGAAGAGGAAGAGGAGGAUAUAAAGGGGAAGACAUGCAGUGGAGUGAGUCCAGACCUCGUCAUCUCAGAGACCCCAAGACACGAGCCCAGGAGGACACCUUACAGAUCCGCGUGGACGGAAACAACGAGCGGAGCGUGCAGCACUCGUCAGCCGGGCGAGGAGCGGUCGGGGCGGGGCCGUCGUCGUCGUCCUCCCAGAGCGCCGUCGGGGUCGGGGUCGGGGUCGGGGUCGGAGUGGGCGGCGAGGGCCCGGCCCGCCACCACCACCAGAGACCCCUGAGGGACCGGGGGGUGAAGAAGGACAAACAGGACACUCCGGCGCUGGUGAACGGAGUGUCGUAGACACCACUGGAGGACCUUUUCAUUUAGACACACUCACUCACACAUUCAACUCCCUCAUUUACCCUGAUAGAGUCGCACUCUGGCUUUCUUUCUUUCUGUCUUUUUCAAACACAAGAAUACACAUAUUCCCAUCAGCAUAGAAGUGUUUACUGUAGUGAAGUCUUAGACCAGAAGAUGAGGGGGAACAGGGGGGGGGGGUGAGGGAUUUGUCUCAUCUCUCACAGGAUACUUUCUCAUUUCAUGAAAACAACAUGAAUUACUAUUUCUUUUUAAUGUCCAUUCAGACUUUCUCAUAAAAAAAGGUUAAUAAAUCAAGGAAACCAUUGGCUGAUACACAUGAGUGAAUUUUAGACACGUGGCAGAUGUUCCCUGCUCUUCAUCUCAUCGCCUCUUUGAAUGUAGUUUACUGAUGGUGGCAGUUUGUGCGGAUGAUAUGAAAUCCCUCUUUUUGGAGAUAGCGUCAGCAUUUCCCAAAGGUAAACUAUGAAGUCCAACAUGUCAGAGCUGGCGGCAACACUGCAUUCGAUUUAUGAUCACACUCCGACCCUAAGAAGAGCCGUACACUCUUCCAGGGACAUUUCUAAACUGAACUAAACACCACAAUACUGAAUUUUGUUACAAGGGAAGGAAAUAAUUCAAUGUCACCCAGAAAAACCUCUACACGUGGUAAAUGUGUUGCUGUGGAAAAAAAUAUUUGCAGGUGGCACUUUAUGAAUAAUUUAAAAAUGUUUUUUUCUUCAUAGUUUUUUUUUUUUUUCAAUGUUUAAUGCAUUUAAGAAUGAUACACAUGCGUAAGCUCAUGAAGCAGCUUUAUAUUUAACUCGUGUUUCGUUUCAAGUUGCCGAAUUAAUGUAAAAUCCCUUCAGUCUCCGAGCGUCAGACCUGUUCACAAACCUGCUCUACUCGCAAAUGGAGACGCAUAAAUCUGAGGCACUUCCUGCAGCCGUUUAAGGUUUUUCUGUGGGGGCAAAAUGCUCCGCCCGAUAAAGUCAGGUGUCAGAAGGGAGCAUUUCUACAAAUCUGCUCCGUGAUGCAGUGAGCAGAAACAGGUGAAACCACUGAUUCACGACUUCAGCCUGUAGCAGGAGGAAUUCAAGCUGUGAUAACGUCGUCCCCAGGCUCCACGAAGCCCGGCCGCAGGGCUUUUAACCACUUUUGGCUCUUUCCAGGGAGAGCUAGUUAGCCAGCGGCUGGAAGUCAGCCUUACUCUGGCUGUAAUUCUGUUUACUUACAUUUAAACACCCCAGUUAUUUAACUUUAGUACGUUUGCCUGCAGACAAACCGGACAAGCAAACUUGUUCUCUCUUAAUUUCUGAAAAUCACUUUAACUUUGUUUUUCAAUUAGAAAACGAUCAGCAGAAAUCAUUGCAGAGAAGCUACAAUUGUUAAUUAAUAAUUUAAAGAAAACAAAAAUGGGCAAGGUAUUCCUCCUAGUGUUCUGGCUUGUUCUGCGUUGUUUUUGUCCCUCUUAGAGUAUUUUCUGUAUUCACUUUCUUUUUAUCCCUCCAUCUUUUCACCAUGUUGUAAGUGCGGGAUCAGAGAAAUCAGUUUGAAGUUUGCGUCGGCCCAUCAUGCACCUGUGAUCUGCAGGAAGUCAUCAAGCUGACGUUCCUUUGUCAUGUUGGGGCUUAUUUAUAUUUUGUGCCUUGGAUUUAUGUUCCAUCCACGUACAUGAAUUUGGUCCAUUAUAGAAGAGGAGAGGGGGAAAAGAUGUUCCAUCGGUCCUUAGCAUCCUCUGAUUUGAACUGAAGAUAUUCUGUAAACUCUCUUCUGUUCCUCCCCUCCCGCUGAGACACGUGGCUCAUGCACUUUGUCAAUAAAACAAAGGAACAAGCUGUAAUUUAGUAAAUGUGACGUGUGGCGAGAUCCGUAGUCAUUGUCAAUAAUGUAAAGAGUCAAUUUAGCAGCAAGAAGGCUUUCAAAGUCCCAAAACGGCGUCUUACAUCCAACUAAAAAGAGAUUCUCAAGACUUCUCAGUCCAUUUGUAGCCUUAAUGUUAUUUCCAAACUGAUUUUAGCACUUUCAAGUCCCUGUUCCUCCCGGAUGCAGCAGCGAGUACUCGGGACCAUCACAUGAGUUUAGUGCUCACAUACGCUGCAGGGUCCAUUAGAUCAGCGUCAUCUGUGAUGUUGACCUGCUUCUUUUUUUUGUUCAAUUUGGAUUUUUAAAAACUACAACUCAAAUAAAAAGGUUUGUUUAUGUGAAAGAUCUGCUAAAGACUUCAGACGGUUAUUCCACCUCCACCUAAACCCUCCUCCCAUCGCCACCACGCCAUGAGGGGUUCCUGCUUCAUCAUUCCUAAUUUAAGGUUUAACUGGAAUUCUUAUUGUUUACUCAUCUGGUUCAAUGGCAUCCCACUGGAAAAUAAACACCACCUGACAAGCAGUCACAUACCGGUUCUGGAUUUAAUUAAGUAGUUUUGGGUUUUUUUUGGAAUAUGCUGGUAAAAGGUUUUUCCUGACAAGAAAAUAGUAAGGACAUUUUUGGUCUGCAGAUUGAAUUUGUGCAAAAAAUCAAUAGUUUGUUUUAUUUCAGGAGUGUCGUCCAUCAGCAAAAGCUUUGCAGCAAGAGCUGGCACGUCAUCAACAAGAGCAGUCAUGGCUAGAAAGCUGGGAAUGUGCAGGAAAACCUUCAGCACAUUUUGUGUGACAUGUGCCUUUAACUGUGGCUAUAGCAUCACAACUUAGACGUGUAAAAUCAGGGAAGAAUGAGUCGUUAUCCGUGGACUAGGUGUGUAAAGAUGGCCUUUUUUUCCUGAAGUGAUUUUAAUUAUUGCCACCUUAAACAUCUUUAAGGCUCCUCUCAAGCCGAGGCGCAGGAGGCGGUUAUUUCUAAGGACGCAUGAGACGGGGGAUUUUGGUACAUCCAGGAAGCAGCUGAUCCUUUGUAAACACCGAGGCUCUUGCGUCCUGACGCCUGCAGCUCCUAUUGGCACACGUUCACCCUUUUUUUAAUGUAUUUAUUUGUUUGUUUGAGUUUCAUCUUGAUAUCUGAAGUGAUGUGCAGCCUUUACUCCGUAUCCCACUGUCACGGCUGCCAGAAGAGAGGAACUGAAGGAAAGGUUGAGCCAGGUCUUUACAAAUGAUCAGUGUACUUUUCUAGUCUUGCACAAAUUUAAGUCUUUUACUUUGGAUUUCAGACAUCCUGUAGUUUUUGAUACACUUGGAAAAAAAAAAAAAAAAAUAUGUAUACAAGUUUAAUUUUGAAGCUCAGUAUUACAGUUUUCACAUCUUGUUGACUCCAGUUCUGCUAAAGUGGCCAGCCCUUAGCAACCAUCACCUUAGAGCCAGUAAAGACGUUGUACCGUUGUAGAGUCGUCACGAGACACUGUCGUGUAACGAGUAUUGAAAUCUGGGAACAGCCUUUUCUUUUUUUCCUCAAGUUACUUUUUUUUUUUGCUUUUCAAGAAGCAUUAUUAGUGUCCGUUUCCCUCUCCCACGAAUCUGUCCGGGCCUUGGGUUUGAAAUGUUCACACUGCAUCCAUAUUGAAUCUUUUCCCCAGUAAACAAUCAGUGGAUCCAGUACAUCAACAAAGUGGCCAGUGGAAGUAACCCCUGUGUUGUCAGCAGAUUAUCUACAGUAUGGAGUUUGUAUUGUUGGGAAAAAAAACAUGAUGGGGG